AUGAGAACAAACGAAAAGGUUAAAGGAUAUGGAAUCGUAUCCAAGCAACGGAAAGUGAACGAGUGUGGAAGUGAUGGUCAAGACAGGAGGAUGAUGAUGAUGAUGAUGGUGAAGAAAAUCAAAAUUGUGAAAGAAAUUUGGGGACACCUUUUUCUGCCAAUAGCCUCCCCAAACGUUUUAUUAAUUCUUUUUGUCUUCGCAUUGGCGUAUGAAGUACUUGGAGAAGCUGCGACGAAGGAAAAGCAUGCUGACUCCAAAACAGCCCAAACUGGCUACCUGUCACCCGUAGUCGUACCAGGACCUAUUCACGGUGGAAUCGGUCUCGGCGCUGGACUCGCAGGACAUGGCCUGGCCGGCGCCGCUGUUGGCGUAGGUCUCGGUGGAGCUGGUCUCGGCCUGGGAGCCGGUUCAUCUGCCGGACUCAACAACGCCGGAGCAGUAAGCGCCGCUCAACUCAGUGCUAUUCAAAACGCUCAAGCAGUUCAAGCCGCUCAGAUCGGAAAUGCUGCCGCCGCCGGUAUCCAAAGCGCCCGCAACACAGAAGUCGCCGCAAGAGCAGGACAAGCCAACGCUAUCCAGAACGCUCAAGCCUUAGAUGCCGCCCGUAUCGCCAACGUACAGAGGGCCCAGGCUGCCGCUUUGGAGAACGCUAGAGCCGCUGAAGCAGCAAGACGCGCAGCCGCCGCCAGCGCCUGGGAGUUAUCUCGUGCUAUUGAAGCAGAACGUGUAGCUAACGCAGCUCGUGUCCAAGCUGUCGCGCUCGCUAACACUCGUGCUAUCGAAGCCGCUCGUAUCGCUAAUGCUGCACGAGCACAGGCCGCCGCUGUGGCGAACAGCGCUGCUCAGGCUCAGGCUGUAGCAGACACCGUAGCGAGACAGGACGGUUUGGCCCUUGGCGGACUUGGUUAUGGCGUCGGUGCUGGUUAUGGAGCCGGUUACGGAGCUGGUCACGGCGUUGGUGCUGUUGUAGCAGCUGCUCCAGUCGCGGUCGCUGCUCCCGUUGCGGUAGCUGCCCCCGCUUAUGGUGGUUAUGGAUACGGCCACGGCUACGGACACUAA